CUUUAACCACUGACUGUUUCUCAAAUAAUGGGCAUUUGCUUUGGGAGCUGGAUCAAGUGCAGGAUUAAAGCCAGCACAAUGCAGUGACAAUCACAGGAUCAAAAAAUGAGAGCAGACCACUUUAAGAGAGCCCUGGGAAGUGUAACCUGAAGCCUGCAGAAGGCUGGGCUUGGGGGCAGUCUGCUGGCAGGCAGCAAAGCAAGCAGAUGUGGCUGUUAUAAAUUCCAUGCUAUCCAGACUCUCAAGGGUGGUAACACAGGACAGCACUGGCUGAGAGGAGUCUGAGGUUCCAUCAUGCAGACUCUGGUUGUUCUUCUGUGGCUAGGGCUCCUAGCCCCCCCUAGCAGAUCUCAGGACUCGGCUGCAGAGCAGGACUCUGGUACCCCUGGAAGAGGCAACACAGAGGCAGCUGAGGAGGAAGAUCCCUUCUACAAAAGCCCUGUAAACAAAUUGGCAGCUGCAGUCUCCAACUUUGGCUAUGACCUGUAUCGCCAGCAAUCGAGCAAGACUCCCACCUCCAAUGUGUUACUGUCACCCUUCAGUGUAGCUACUGCGCUUUCUGGCCUUUUACUAGGCGCUGGAGAGCGAACAGAAGACCUGAUUUCUCGUACUCUCUUCUAUGACCUGCUUAACAAGGCUGAGGUCCACAACACCUACAAGGAGCUGUUGGCUAGCAUCACUGCACCUGUAAAGGGCCUAAGAAGUGCCACCCGCAUUGUUGUGGAGAGAAAACUGAGAAUGAAAAUGGGGUUUGUGAGCCAGCUGGAGAAGUCCUAUGGGGCACGGCCCAAGUUGCUGACUGGCAAUGCCCAUUCAGACCUUCAUGACAUCAACAACUGGGUGCAACAACAGACCAAGGGAAAGAUUGUCAAAUUCCUGAAGGAGAUACCUAGAGGCAUCAGCAUCUUCCUCAUCGGGGCAGCUUAUUUCAAAGGACAGUGGGGGACCAAGUUUGACCCCACAAAGACUAUGCCGCAGGACUUCCACCUGGAUGAAGACAGAUCUGUGAAGGUGCCCAUGAUGUCGGACCCCAAAGCCAUACUACGAUAUGGCUUCGACUCAGAACUCAACUGCAAGAUUGCCCAGCUACCACUGACAGGCGGCGUCAGUGCUAUGUUCUUCCUGCCACAGAAGGUGACCCAGAACAUGACCCUGAUUGAGGAGAGUCUCACCUCGGAGUUUGUCCGUGACAUAGACAGGGAGCUGAAGACCAUUCACGCUGUGCUGAGCAUACCCAGGCUGAAGCUGAGCUCUGAGGAGGCACUUAGCAGCACACUACAGGAGAUGAGGCUCCAGUCACUCUUCACAUCACCUGACUUCAGCAAGAUUUCUCCCAAAUCCACCAAACUCUCUCAUGUGCAACACAAGGCAGUCCUGGAACUAAAUGAAGAUGGGGCAAGAUCCACACCAAACCCUGUAGAGAAUGCUGCUCGCCUGACCUUCCCCCUCGACUACCAUCUAGACAGACCGUUCCUAUUUGUGCUGCGGGAUGACACCACGGGAACCCUCCUCUUUAUUGGCAAAAUCCUGGACCCUAGGAGCACUUAGCUCCUAUUGACAGCAGCCUGCAAUGUUAGAGUCCUCCAGAAAGGCUGGGGUAACUGGGAAGAAUGCUGGGUCCAUGCUCUGCUGCACAGUCAAACUUGCAAAUCUUAUGCCUACAUGCUGCAAUAAAAGAGCUUUUGCCACGAA